CGCGAGCGUGUUUGCAUGCUCGGCGGGGUUCGGUGCCGGAUAAUCACACUGUCGUCAAUUUCUCGGCCCCUUCCAGUGCUACACCGCUUUUCCCUGAGCAAAAAGAGUGAAAUUGCGUCAGUCUGCGGGUCAACUGCGCUUCUGCUCCGCUCCAGCUGCAAGCAGGUGACGGCUGCCCUUGGACGUGUUGUUUCUGUCAGAAGCAUGUCGACCGACGCAACAGGUGCCGCCAGGGUCCUCUCGGGCAACGACGCCUCCAGCGAUGUGAAGGAGGAGUUGAAGAAGCGGGUGGAGGUGUUGGGCCAAAAGCUGCCCGGCUUUCGGCCAGGACUGGCCAUCGUCCAGGUCGGCGGCCGGGAGGACUCGAACGUCUACAUUCGGAUGAAGCUGAAGAACGCCGAGGCCAUCGGCAUCAACGCCACGCACGUCAAACUGCCCAGAAGUGCCACCGAAGUCGAGGUGCUGUUGAAAUUGAACGAGUUGAACCAGGACCCGAACAUCCACGGCAUCAUUGUGCAAAUGCCGCCAGAUUCUGAGCAUUAUAUCAACCCGCAUACCAUCACCGACGCCGUUAAUCCGGAAAAAGACGUGGACGGUUUGCACACGAUGAAUGAAGGACACGUCGCCACAGGAGACUUGGAAACUGGGUUCUUACCAUGCACGCCCAACGGAGUCAUGGAGCUGAUUAAAAGAACUGGAGUGAAAAUUGCCGGAAGCGACGCAGUGGUGUUGGGAAGAAGCAAAAUUGUUGGCACGCCAAUGUCAGAGUUGCUGAAAUGGCACCACGCCACCGUGACCGUGUGCCACUCUAAAACCAAGGACCUGGAGCAGAAGGCGGCUGCAGCGGACAUUCUGGUUGUAGCCAUCGGACGCGCAGAGAUGGUCAAAGAGUCGUGGAUCAAGCCUGGUGCCGUUGUCAUCGACUGCGGAAUUAACUCCAUCGACGAUCCGACGAAGAAGUCCGGCAAGCGCCUUGUGGGCGACGUGGACUACAAGGGGGCGGCUAAGCGGGCCUCCUGGAUCACCCCCGUGCCUGGUGGGGUGGGUCCUAUGACCGUAAUCAUGCUCAUGCGCAACACCGUUUUGGCUGCUGAAAAAAUGCUUGAGCGGCUGCUGCAGCCCAAGUGGAACCUCAGGCCGCUGCCCCUCAACAUCCAGACGCCAGUCCCCAGCGACAUUAGUAUCGCGCGAGCGCAGGUGCCAAAGGAGAUCAGUCAAUUGGCGGAGGAGAUCGGACUGAUGAGAGCCGAGGUCAACCCUUACGGCUCUAAAAAGGCCAAAAUCUCGCUUGGCGCCAUCAAGAGGCUGAGCGCCUGCAAAACCGGGAAAUACGUCGUGGUUGCCGGUAUUACGCCAACACCUUUAGGAGAGGGAAAGAGCACCACAACUUAUGGUCUGGCACAGGCUCUUGCUGCCCACAAGAAGGUCAACGCGAUUGCCUGCGUCCGCCAGCCUUCACAAGGUCCAACCUUUGGACUUAAAGGUGGAGCGGCGGGUGGUGGCUACUCGCAGGUGAUUCCGAUGGAGGAAUUCAAUCUGCACCUGACGGGCGACAUCCACGCUGUAACUGCGGCCAACAACCUGCUGGCGGCGCAGCUCGACGCUCGCGUCUUUCACGAGGCGUCGCAGACGGACGCGGCGCUCUACAAGCGACUCGUGCCGGCCGUCAAGGGAAAACGCCAGUUCUCCAAAAUCCAGCUAAAGCGGCUCGUGAAGCUCGGCAUCGACAAAACCGACCCUGACUCGCUCACCCCUGAGGAGGCUGGCAGGUUUGCACGGCUCGACAUCGACCCUGACACCAUCACCUGGGUCCGAGUUGUGGACACAAAUGAUCGUUUCCUGCGCGGUAUCACGGUUGGCCAGGCGGAUACGGAGAAGAACAUGGCCCGGAAGACGUGCUUCAACAUAUCAGUGGCUAGUGAGGUGAUGGCCGUGUUGGCCCUUGCCGCCGACAUGAAGGAUAUGAAGGAGCGUCUGGGUCGCAUGGUCGUUGCCCUUGAUAGAAAGGGAAAUCCUGUCACCUGUGAUGACUUGGGUGCAACGGGGGCGUUGACCAUUUUGAUGAAGGACGCUCUGCAGCCGACCCUAAUGCAGACCCUGGAGGGCACGCCGGUCCUGGUGCACGCAGGGCCCUUUGCCAACAUUGCCCACGGCUGCUCGUCUGUCGUUGCUGACCAACUGGGACUCAAACUCGUUGGUCAGGACGGAUUUGUCGUUACUGAGGCCGGCUUUGGAUCUGAUAUUGGUUUGGAGAAGUUCUGCAACAUCAAGUGUCGCUCGUCAGGCCUGAAGCCGGACUGCGUAGUCUUGGUCACUUCAAUCAGGGCCCUGAAAAUGCACGGUGGAGGCCCACAAGUCAUCCCCGGCACCCCUCUGCCAAAGGAGUACCUGGACGAAAACAUUGAGUUGGUGACAAAGGGGCUGGUCAAUCUGCUAAAGCACAUCGACAACGGCAGAAAGUUUGGCCUGCCUGUGGUGGUAGCCAUCAAUGUCUUCUUCUCAGACACGCCUGACGAGAUCGCCCUGGUCAAAGGUUCCAGUCUUGGAGCUGGGGCCGCGGCGGCCGUUGCUUGCCAGCACUGGGCCCAUGGUGGGCCCGGAGCCGUCGACCUUGCCGAGGCUGUCAUGAAAGCCUGCGACCAGCCCAAUAAUUUCAAGCUGCUGUACCCGAAUGAGAUGUCGAUCGAGCAGAAGCUUCACACGAUCGCGUCCGAGAUCUACGGGGCGAGCAAGGUGGAGCUGUCGCCAGAGGUGCUUGCCAUCAUCAACAAGUACAAUAAGCAAGGCUACGAUAAACUGCCGCUGUGCAUGGCCAAAACGCACCUCUCCCUGACGGGCGACCCGAGCAUUAAAGGCGCCCCCAAGGGCUUCUCGCUGACCGUCAGGGACCUCAUCAUCUCCGCUGGCGCCGGAUUCGUCGUCUCAAUCGCUGGAGAGAUUUCCAGAAUGCCAGGACUGCCCACGCGUCCUGCGAUUUUCGACAUGGACAUCGACGUAGAUACUGAGGAAAUUGAAGGACUGUUCUAAAAUGCAUCACAUUCCAAUCAAAAAUAAAAAAAAGGUUAGAAGGUUUAGUGCCAUAAUGAUUGUUCCAAAAAAUAAAUAAUCUAUUUUCAUAGGAAGUGAAAAA